AUGAAAUUAUCACUAAGUGAACAAGGAUGGAAUCGAUUAUUUCUUAUUUUAAAUGGUGUUUUCUUGGUAUAUAGUAUCAUUUUAUUUGCAUUAGGUAUUAAAGCACAAGAUAAUUUGGGACAAUUCAAGACAAUAUUACAAGGAAUUAAUCCACCUAUAUUACCAACAAUUAUAUUUACAGGAUUUAUUGGUAUCAUUGGUUCAAUUACUGGUUAUUGUAAAAUAAUGAAACCAAAUCAAAUUGUUAUUAUAUUGCAUAUUACUUGUAUGAUUAUAGCAACAAUGACUGAAUUAUGUAUAUCAUUAGGUACAGUAAUGACACCAAAUGAAUUCAUUACAAAUGCUAAUUAUACAUUAAAGGAUUCAUUGAAUUAUUAUGAAAUACAUCCAUUAUAUCAUGAACAAUUUGAACAAUUACAAACUAAUUAUAAAUGUUGUGGAAGUUCAAUGUUUACAGAUUAUCGAAGAACUAAUAAUAGUUUACCAGCAAGUUGUAAAAAUAAUGAAACUAUUUAUACAGUGGGUUGUGCUGAAGUAUUAAAUAAUUACACUUAUAAAUUUAUCGAUCUAAUAUUGGCUUUAUGUUUUACAUUUACAAUAAUUAAAAUGAUUUAUAUAUUAAUUGCAAUUUGGAUGAUACGUCGAUCAUCUACUGGUAAAGAUCCACACAUUCUUGAAUGUUGUUGA